GUAGAGCAGCCAAAAUCACAAACAGUCAAAGAAGGGUCGAAAGUUGAACUAGCUUGCAAGAUUGAGAGAGCGAGCAAGAGGUUCAUGUAUCAGUGGUAUAAAGAUGGUGUUGCCAUGGAUGGGAAGAACGAGACCGUUCUUGUUCUGGAUCCAGUUGAGCUGCGGGAUUUUGGGGCUUACGUGUGUCAUGUGAGCGAUAAGAAUUCAGAUGACGAAGGCGAAGAUUCAAACACUGCAAGACUUGACGUCAUCCCAAAGCCGGGUCGAAAUGGAAUGCGACCGAAACGUCUGACAGAGUUAGACUAUGGAAUGGCGGAAGAUUUGGCAUCGCUAUUGGAAAUCAAGAAACCCAGGCUCAGGGGCUGGAGAGCAAUUGGUUCUAAAUACGGUCUCACACAUUACAAGCUAAGGCUUAUGGCUAAUUCCGGUGAACCUGGGACAGACGUCUUGAGAUAUUUGGCAGCAAGCGAACCAGAAUUGACGGUGUAUGAUUUUUGUAAAAUACUUAAAGACAGCUUUAAGAGGUUGGAUAUUGUAGCGAAACUAGAGAAUAACUUCUUAGUCGCGAUCAGUGACGAAGAUAGUAAGUGA